AUGCAGGAGUGCAGUGGUACUGAGUACAGUUACAGUCAAAAGCUUAUCUUCCAGGGUCAAUCGGCACUUUCACGAUAUGCUAAAGAUGCUAAGAAGCUCAGAUCAGAGAAAUCGGGAAUUUGGGGGCGCAAAGUUGUUUUGGGUUUAGUUGAGUUCAAUCAAUUGACCUCCUAUAUUGGAUGA